GAUUGAAAUGACCUCUGAGGUUCAGCUCAGCCGCCGGAGAGGAUCCAGUAGAAGAGAGGAAACCAGCAAGAUGUUCCAGGCACCUGAUCUCCGACAAGUCACUGUGGUGAAUAAGGCUGAAUGGCAGAGGAUUCAAAAUGAAGUCCACCAGGUUGAUAGAGAUAAGGACAGUAUGAAAGAGGCGGAGAACCAGAGAAAAGCCCUGCACCUGCGGUCAAAGCAGAUGGUGAAAGAGUGGCCCAAUACCAUCGCUAGCCAAAGACAAAAGAAGCUGGAGGCGAAGAAGAUCCGGGAACAGAUCGAGGAAGAGAAAAGGAAGCAGAUGGAUAAAGAAGAGGCUGAAUACAGGGAACAACAACGUAAAGAGAUCGUUGAGAAAGCAAAGACUCAGCUCUACUAUCAAACUGACCAAGUCAAAGGAUUACAUAGUGCACUCUUGAUGACAGAGGUGAUGAAGGAGAGGGAGGCUCAGGUUGAGCUGAAGAAAAGGAUAAAGAGUGCCACUAAAGAUGUGGAAAAAGAAUACAUGAAUUUGGUGGAGAUGAGAAAGAAUGAUGCUCUGAUGCAGGAGGAAGAGAAAGCGCUCCAGAGGAAGCUUGAGAGACUGGCUAUUGCAGAGGAGCAGAAAAAACAGAUGAAGAAAGGUGAGUCGGCCAGAGAGAAAAAAGAGACAGAGAUCAAGAAGGACAGAGAGGAAAACCUUCGCCUUCAUGAGCGUUAUCUGUUGGAGCAGAGAAUGGAGGAAGAACGACAAGAGGAGCAGAAGAGAAUCCUGAAGCAAGCUCAACUGGAACACGUCACUGAAAGAAACCUCAUGAGAGCAGCAGAGGCACAAAAACAGGCCGCUGAAGAGGAGCAGAGGAAAUUGUUUCUCUCUGCGAAACAAAAAAUGAUGAAGUUGAGGAAAGAGAAAGAAACUGAGUUGUUCAGAGAGGCCCAGAGGCAAAGAGAGGAUCUCAUGAAGAAACUCACAGACCAACAGCAGGAGCAAACUGUGAACGAGGAUCAGAGGAUUGCUAAGGCUGUCGCCGAACAGGACGCCAGACAUGAGCUGCAGCGGAGGGAGGAGGAGGAGAAGAAGACUGCAGUGUUGAAAUCCCUCGCUGAACACAGACAACUGAUGAGACAAGAAAAGGAGCAGAGGGACAGAGAAGAGCAACAGAGAGCCAGAGACAUGCUUGAGGCCAAGAAAGAGGCCGAGAGAUUAUUUUGUGAGAAACAAAAAGCGAAGGCUCUGAGGAUCAGAGAAGAUCUGAGAAAGAUGCAAGACUGCAAUUCAACACAAACGGCUGCAAAAACUGCCAGGCAACAGCAACUGAGACGAGAGGAAGAGGAGUUUGAGGCAAAGACCAGAGACCUCAUGGCUGAAGAAGAAAAACAGUUUCAACUCUAUUCACAGCAGGUCAUCCAUGCAGCAGCAGAGGCUCAGCGAGACGUCCUCCCACUUUGCAAAGCUGCGAGGGGAGGGAUCGGAGGAGGACUCGGUCCUGUUUUCGGGGGAGUCAGGCCCAGCUACAUGGUUCAGGACUGCAGCGGUGCUCAAAUGCCUAACUACAUCUCUGGUGCUACCCAGAACAUUAAAGGGCUUCAUGAGACAGUAGAUAUUCAGGAAGCAAAGAAGAGACUGGGGUUUAUGUGGUGAAAACUACAAUGUUUGCAAAAGGAGUUGCUCACAUUCCAUCUAUUUCUGUCAUGUCAUCACUCAGGUCAUCACAAAAAAUGUUUUCUGGGGGGGAUUAAGCACUCAGAUUUCCAUGGCUGUAUGGCCAAACAAAGGUUAAACAAAAGUUCUUUAAGAUAUUGUUUCCGUUAAAAAGCACACACACAGACAUACAGUAUAUAUAUAUACUGUAUAUAUAUACAGACUAACGUAUAAUUGCGCAUCAUUUUCUGUAUUCACAGGUUCAGUUUCUUACCUUUGACUUGGUCUCUGCCAUUUUUAGAAAUGGUACUAACAUUUUUAAAAAGUAUUCAAAAACUAUUAAACGAGAAUAAAGUGAUGGAUCAACUUCCGCUGUCACAACCUUCAAAGUAAAGUGUUUACCAAUGAGAUGGGAAGAUUCUUCUAUAGUAAACACAUGGAUCUGUCCAACUUGAAGUUCACCCAGGAGUAGAAUGUGACUUAUCACAAAUAUUUACUGUUGUUAACACUUGACAAGUAUAGAUAUACAAAGUGUUAACUUAAAGGUUGAGUGUGUAGAAUUUAGUGACAUCUAGUG